ACAGAGUACUUUCGUUUUCGCAGAUUGUAAAUAGCGAAAGUGUCAGGCAACUUACAGAUAGAUUUUGCUGUAAAGGCAAGCAGACAGAGAGAUUUUAUGCUGUUCAGAGACCACAUUAAGGAUGGCAACUCAGCGAACCAUCUCAGAGUCCGAGGACAGAGAUUUUGACGUAAAACUAGUCAAGCUUUCAGAUAUCAAGUCUUAUUUUACCUGCACAAUAUGUACCAAUUUGUUCAGUGGAACUUUAACAACAAGAUGUGGGCAUCGCUGCUGUGCACACUGUAUUCAGAAUUGGUUCCAGAGACAACAGAAAUGUCCUGUUUGCAACCAACAAGUUCGAGUAGGUCAAGAAACAAGAGAUCACCAGUUUGAUGAGUUGUUGAGAACAAUCAAAGAGAAAGCGGUUAGUGAGGCUGAUGUUACGGCUAGACAACUCCUGGAGUCAGAUGGAAAUGGUACUAACAAUGAUAAUGGACCUAGCCUUCAUGUGGACCACAAAUUAGCUGAUGCAUUGUGUACUUUGUUGCCUCGUAAGGACAGAGAUCUGAAAGAAAUGGUGGAUAAAUUGAUAGCAGAAAAGGAUAAAACCCUGCAAACACUAAAGGAAAAAGAAUUGCCAGAGAGAGACAGGACAAUACAACUUCUUCAAGCCCAUGCCAAGAAACUUGAAGAAGAGGUCAAGCAAGUUAAGACAUUACAGGAGAAGCUAGAGAAAUUGCGACAGAGUGAGGCGAAAUGUAACGAGGAAAAACACCAAUUAAAAGGAGAAUUACAGAGAGUAAAUGGAGAAUUAACUACUUUAAAGACAGUAGAUGUAACUCGACAACAACAAGUAAAGGAGCUGUACGGACAAAUGCAAAAGCAGGUGGCUGAAAUACAGGCUCUGAACAUGUAUCUCGAUGAAAAAACAAAAGUGGCAGAGAAAGCAGACAGUCUGCAGACAACUGUGAAUCAAUUGGAGAAAGAUUUACAACAAAGAAUUAAUGAGGUUACAUAUCUUCAACAGUUUGUAAUGUUUAAGGAUCUUUAUGACCAGAGAAAUCAGGAGGCCCGUAAUCUAGAACAAGAUGUCAACAGGAAAGACACUACUAUCCUAGACCAGCAAGACCAGAUCAGCAGCAUGAAUGAUAAGAUCAUGGCCUUGUCAAAGCAGAUUCAGGAGACACCCCUGUCCAUUCAACAGGCCGAGACUCGCUACCAAAAACAGCUACAAGAAAUGGAAGAAAAUAUGAGGGCCUUCUUUGGUAAAUAUGUAUAGAAAAUAUUAUGUUAA